AUGAGUGACGAUUCCUCGAUUGCUGUGCAACGUUUACGACAAGAGCGCAAGAAUUGGCGACGAGAUCAUCCAGCAGGCUUUUGGGCACGUCCUAUUGCUAAUGAAGACGGAUCAUUGAAUCUUAUGAUGUGGCAUGCAGGGAUUCCAGGUAAAACUGGUACAGAUUGGGAAGGUGGUGUGUUUAAAAUGUCAUUGGGAUUUUCAGAGGAUUAUCCAAGUAAACCCCCACUUGUCAAGUUUACACCACCAUUGUAUCAUCCAAAUGUGUAUCCAUCUGGUACCGUUUGUUUGAGUAUUUUGAAUGAGGACAAGGAUUGGAAACCAAGUGUAACGAUUAAACAGAUUCUCAAGGGUGUACAAGACUUAUUGGAUCAACCUAAUAUGGCUGAUCCAGCUCAGAGAGAGCCGUAUAUGGAUCUUAAAAAUGAUCCUGAACUUUACAAACGUAAGGUGCGUCAAUUGGCGCUCAAGAAUCGGGAGAAUUAG